AUGCAAAACAUGCGAAUUGCCAUCAUUGGAGCUGGGCCGGCUGGCUGCAUGCUCGCCCGACUCCUCCAUCUAGGAGGCAUCCAAGCUACCGUCUUCGAAGGCGAGACCUCUGCCAGCAUCCGCUCCCAAGGCGGAAGCCUGGAUCUGCACACCGAGUCCGGCCUCGCAGCCAUCAAGGAAGCCGGCCUCUGGGACGUCUUUCUGUCGCACGCUCGCUACGACGGCCAGUACCUGGCCGUUGUGGACAAGGACCUGCACUACUACAUUGUUCGAAACGCCGACGCCGCAUCCAACAUUGCCUUUGGAGAGCGCCCGGAGAUCGACCGCGUCAAGCUCAGAGAGAUCCUGCUCGACUCCCUCCCGGAAGACACCGUCAAAUGGGGCCACCGUCUGCAAAGGGUAGAUGGCACCACCUUGACCUUUACCAAUGGAACCACGGCCGACUUCGACCUCGUUGUUGGCGCCGACGGGGCCUUUAGCAAAGUCCGCCUGUCCAUCGCGCCAGAGCUCAAGCCGGAAUUCACAGGAGUCGGCAUGCACGACCUCUCGAUUCCCGAUGCCGAGAAGACCGCCCCUGAAAUCUACAAGCUCGUCAACCGCGGGAGCCUCUUCGCCAGCGCGGACCACCAGCGCUUCACGCUGCAGCAAAUGGGCGACGGCAGCAUCUCCAUGGGCUUCAGCUUCGUGCGAGAGGACCCGGACUGGAUGAAGCCUGACAAGUGCGGCUACGACUGUGAAGACCUCGCGCAGGUGAAGAAGGCGUUGGCCAAGGAGAUGGAGCACUGGGGCCCCGUGUUUCACAAAGCUCUUGACGCUGCCCAGGGGCGAACGCUCACCAGGUCGCUGUUCCGGCUGCCCGUCGGGGCAAAGUGGGAGCACAAGCCCGGCGUCACUCUCAUCGGCGACGCGGCCCAUCUGAUGACGCCUCAUGCGGGCGAGGGCGUCAACCAGGCGCUUGAGGAUGCCAUGAUUCUGGCCCGAGUGAUUCUCAAGGCUCAGAGCGCCGAAGAGCUGGACGAUGGGAUCCGUCAGUUCGAGUCCGACAUGAUGGCUCGUGUUGAGAAGAUUCAGCAGCUUGCUUGGGAUCGCUGCCAGGGCUUGCUGUUCACGACGAAUGUGACAGAGUAUAUUGUCGGAAAGUGGAUGCAGCAGCGGAAGAUUCGCAUGGCAGAGCAGUUGGACGAGGGGCAGGUGAAGGCAAUGGAUGAGGCCAUGGCCAAGGCUCAGGCGGAGGCGAAUGCCAGGAACAAGGCAUGA